AUGUGGCCUGACUUGAUCAAGAAAGCAAAGGAGGGGGGGAUAGAUGCUAUUGAGACUUAUGUUUUUUGGAAUGCUCAUGAACCCGUUCGGCGUCAGUAUGAUUUUAGCGGCAAUAAUGAUCUCAUAAGGUUCAUUAAAACCAUCCAGUCCGAAGGACUCUACGCCGUUCUUCGCAUUGGGCCUUACGUUUGUGCGGAAUGGAACUUUGGAGGGUUUCCUAUGUGGCUUAAAAAUUUGCCCGGCGUUGAGCUCCGGACGGCAAACACCGUGUUCAUGAAUGAGAUGCAAAAUUUCACAAGCUUGGUAGUAGACAUGGUUAAAGAAGAGAAGUUGUUUGCAUCACAAGGAGGGCCUAUCAUACUUGCUCAGAUUGAGAAUGAGUAUGGCAAUGUGAUUUCAUCCUAUGGAGCUAUUGGAAAAGCCUAUCUGGACUGGUGCGCAAACAUGGCCGAAUCAUUGGAUGUAGGAGUUCCGUGGAUUAUGUGCCAACAGAAUGAUGCUCCUGAGCCCAUGAUAAACACAUGCAAUGGUUGGUAUUGUGAUUCAUUCACCCCAAACAAUCCCAAUAGCCCCAAGAUGUGGACCGAGAAUUGGACUGGAUGGUUUAAGAACUGGGGUGGUAAAGACCCACUUAGAACUGCAGAGGAUCUUGCCUUUGCUGUUGCACGGUUUUUCCAAUUUGGUGGCACAUUCCAGAACUAUUACAUGUACCAUGGUGGGACUAAUUUUGGGAGAACGGCCGGUGGUCCGUAUAUCACCACAUCAUACGACUAUGAUGCUCCCAUCAAUGAAUUUGGCAAUCUGAACCAGCCUAAAUGGGGACACUUGAAGGAGCUCCAUCACGCGUUGAAAUCAAUGGAAAAGACUCUCACUCAUGGAAACAUUACCCAUGUUGACAUGGGCAACGGUGUUACGGCAACAACUUACGCAACCGAUGAAACAACCGGCUGCUUCUUUGGCAAUGCCAAUACCACAACCGACGCCACUGUCGCCUUCCUUGGGAGGGAAUUCAAUGUGCCCGCUUGGUCCGUCAGCAUUCUUCCAGAUUGCAGGCUUGAAGCAUACAACACAGCGAAGGUAAAUGCGCAAACUUCCGUGAUGGUGAAAAAGAAGAAUGCUGCAGAAAGCGAACCAGAAAGUCUCAAUUGGAAGUGGAGGCCUGAGAACACAGAUGAAACUGUCGUUCUUGGAAAGGGUCACCUUUCUUUGAACCAACUGAUGGAUCAGAAGAUGAUUAAUGAUGUUAGUGAUUAUUUGUGGUACAUGACAAGUGUUAACAUCGAAGAUGAUGAUCCAAUCUGGAGUCGUGAUUUGAGUAUUAGAGUGAAUGGCACUGGUCACAUUCUCCAUGCUUUUGUCAACAGCAAAUACGUCGGUUCUCAAUGGGCUGGAUAUGGAGUUUUCAACUACACUUUUGAGAAGAAAGUGAAACUUAAACCAGGGAAAAACCAAAUUACAUUGCUGAGCGCUACCGUCGGAUUCCAGAAUUACGGACCGUACUUUGAUACCAUUGCUUCUGGAGUACCUGGUCCUGUUGAAAUUGUUGGGAAGAAGGGUGAUGAGACAAUUGUAAAGGACUUGUCACGCCAUAAGUGGACAUACAAGGUUGGAUUACAUGGGGAGGAGAAGAAGCUCUACCGUUUGGAUUCACGCCAUGCUUCUAAAUGGCAAGCUGAUAAUCUCCCAGUCCACAGAAAGUUCACUUGGUACAAGACAACCUUCAAGGCUCCUUUGGGUACAGACCCAGUGGUUGUAGAUUUGAUGGGCUUGGGCAAGGGCCACGCUUGGGUUAAUGGCCACAGCAUUGGCCGGUACUGGCCGAGUUACCUGGCGGAGAAUGAUGGCUGCAGCUUGGAGCCUUGUGACUAUCGCGGUACAUAUGACAAUAACAAGUGUGUCUCAAACUGCGGCCAACCCACUCAGAGAUGGUACCAUGUUCCACGGUCUUUUAUGACGGAUGCUGAGAACACGUUAGUGCUCUUCGAGGAAUUUGGAGGCAACCCUUCGUUGGUGAGCUUCCAAACAAUUGCCCCAGGAACUGUUUGUGGAAAUGCUUAUGAGAACAAAACCAUGGAGCUGUCGUGCGAAGGUCGGCCCAUAUCGGCCAUCCGUUUCGCCAACUUCGGAGACUCCAAUGGCACCUGUGGGGCUCUUGUGACGGGCAGUUGCCAAGGGAGAAACGAUGCCAUCUCCAUCGUCCAAAACGCCUGCGUGGGAAAGGAGAGUUGCUCGAUUGAAGCCUCGGAAGAGGUUUUUGGAUCAACCAACUGUGAUGGCGUUGCCAGGAAGCUGGUGGUUGAGGCUGUUUGUUAGAUUUUUUUUAUGUAAUAAUUUAUUUACUUUGCAGGCAUGUUUUAGGAAACAGUGAAACUACUUUUACAUUCUAAAUAGUUUUUUUUCAGUUUUAGUCAGUAGUUCAGUUUUAGUUGACUAUAUAUAUAGCAGAAUAGCCUUCAAAAAGGGUAGCAGACACGAUGAUUGCGUUCGCGUUCGCGUGCGUCUUUUUUGUUAGAUAUA